GUGUGCUUUGUACAGAUGACCACAAACGCUUAUUCAUGGAGCUGUUUGAGACGCGUGACUAUUAUCGUUACAUCCGACCCGUUUAUAAUACAUCCACGACGAUCACAGUAGAGAUGCAGUUCUUUGUGGCUCAGGUGCUUGACAUGGAUGAACGAAAAGAAACAUUACAAACAAAUGCAUGGCUAACAUUGAGGUGGAAAGAUGAAUUCUUAACGUGGGAUCCUGGAGAUUACAAUAAUAUCGAGUUUAUGAAAGUAUCAUCCAGUCUUGUCUGGAUACCGGAUAUAUAUCUCUAUGGAAACGCUGCAACGAAAUACGAAAACCAAUGGGCCAAUGAGAUUGUUUCCAUCAAGUAUAACGGUACCGUCAUGUGGGCUGCACCAGAAAUAAUCAAAACUCACUGUACCCUGGAUGUGACGCGUUUCCCGUUCGAUGACCAGCAAUGUACCGUGAUGUUUGGACCAUGGCAGCACACUGCUACUGAAAUUACAGUAGUUGGCAAAACUGAACCCAGCUAUUUUAACGGGAAUGCUGAAUGGUCCUUGACAAACAUCGCUGCUACGGAUUAUAUAUCUGAUUAUCGGAUAUACCCGGACGAUCCCGUUCUACCAUACAGCUCAGUGGAAUACAUCAUUGUGUUACGUCGACAACCACUAUACUAUAUUUUCAAUUUAAUUUUACCAUGUGGAUUCAUCUCAGCGACAACUCUACUGAGCUUCUUCCUGCCUGCGGACUCAGGAGAGAAAGUGGGAUUAGGGAUAACAGUUUUGCUUUCCUUGACGGUGUUUCUGCUUCUGGUGGCAGAAAUCCUCCCUCCUGCCAGCACAGUCCCCGUUAUAGGUCAAUACUAUGCCGCUACCAUGGUGCUUGUGUCUCUCUCACUUCUCAUGACAGUUAUCGUACUGAAUUUACACCAUCGUGGACCGGAAAGCAAAGAGGUUCCCAAGUGGAUUCGAAAAUGGAUUCUUGGCUACGCGGCUCGAUUUUUGCUAUUGAGAAAAUUGCGGCCUCAAUCGGAACUUUCCGAACAAAAAAUAAACAUCAAUGUCAAAACUCAUACGCCGACAACAGCAACAAUGCGCACAACAGCGACAUCCGAGGAAACAAAGGCAAUGAUACCAACGACUACUUCCGGAGAUAAAUCGACCGAUCCUUUAAUUAAAACUAUAAGCAGUCUUCAUGAUUUAGGUUAUUCUCGUUCGUAUAAACGAAUUGAGCGGAACACCAGUAACAGCACCAACUCAUCUAAGUCGGAACGUCGUCGCAAUCACAACCAUCGUGACAAAUCAGGCAGUCACAUCACAGUAAAUGUCAGCGAGGAACAUUUGAAAGUACUGAAACAGCUGCAUAAAGAGUUGAAGUACAUCUCUGAUCACUACAGAAACUCAGAAACAGAGAUCAGAAAACAUUCGGAGUGGAAGCAGGUUGCCAUGGUAGUAGAUAGGUGCUUCAUGGUUGGUUACAUCAUCGGGUCACUUGCCACAUGUCUGAUCAUCAUUUGUCAGGUAUUUAUAUCCUGA